CACACUGCGCCACACAUGCGGCUCCCACCAAAGCCACGUGUAACACCUCCACCUAAGCUCCGCGUCAGCUCCAUCCAUUCCCCAGCACAGCUCCACCUUCCACCACCACCACCGCACCCAUCACCGACUGGCCACAAUCACCAAACCCACCAUGCUGUUCAACUUUUUCCGGCUCGCCGCCGACUUCUGCCAUCUCGCGUCGAAGGCGAUCCUGCUCGUGACGAUCCACAAGCACCGCAGCGCCGAGGGCGUCUCGCUGCUAACCCAAGCGCUGUACACGCUCGUCUUCUUCACGCGCUACCUCGACCUGCUGUUUACGCCCCCGUUCAUGCAGCCGUACAACACGAUCUUCAAGAUAACCUACAUCUUCUCCUCUUUGUACACAGUCUACAUCCUCCUGCGCGUCUUCCCACGCUCCCGCGAAUCCGAAUCGCAGUGGAAACUAGCGAUCUACCUCCUGGCCGGCUCCGCGGUCUCCGCACCAAUCUUCCAAUACUUCUUCUCGCGCGGCGCCGGCAGCUGGUUCCUAAUUGAGACGCUCCGGGACUUCAGCCUGAUCCUCGAGUCCGUCGCGGUUUUACCGCAACUAACCCUUCUCGCGCACACCUCCGUGCCCACAGUGCUGAAUAGCUACUACCUCCUGGCACUGGGCUCCUACCGCGCGCUAUACAUCCCGAACUGGAUUUUACGCGCGCUCGACCCCAAAGACCAGUUCCAGGAGCCCGUAGCGGUGCUCUUCGGGAUCGUGCAGACGCUGCUGUACAUCGAGUUCGCGUGGAUCUACUGGCGCCGGCAGAAGGUGAAGCUGCGCGGCGGCGGGGGCGUGCUCGAUGGCGAGGAGUUUGCGCGCGGGCUUGUUCUUGGAAGGUUGAUUGGUGGGGGCGUCGGGAAGACGGCGCGCGGAGGGCAGACCGGGGGCGGCUGGAGGGGAGGCGGGAUUAGUGUUUCCGCCGAUGACUUUGUUGUUGAUGAGGAGGAGAGUGAUGAUGAGGAGUUGCAGCUUGAGAGGGAGGAUGACGCGGAGAGGGGCCUGAUUGAGGGCGGGAGAGCGUAGUGGGGGGUGGAGGGCGGUGGUGGAGAGGGGAUUGGAGGGAUGGUGGGAUGGGAUGAACAAGGGAUUUGGAUGUUUUUUUGAUGAGGAAAUGGAGCAUGGUUUAUGUAACUGCGAUAGCAAGCAUCGGACGCGAGUGAUGACAAGAUCCCGCCAGCUCUUAAGCAUCCUCACUUGGGGACCAGGGUCCAGUAACGACGGGUGUGCGAGUAAUGAUCGGGGUAAAGAAAACUGGCAGUAAAGACGUAAGCCGAGCUCGGAAUCAAGCGAUA